GUUCGGUGGAUUUUGAAAAAGAGAGCGACAUCCGGGGACUGUUGUUGUUAAUUAACUCAUACCGUAGCAUAGUCGUACCAUAACGUAGUCAUAAGGUUAAGAGGCUCCAGUGUUUGCCCAAUUCUUGGUUUUGUCAUCCUUACAGGAGUUUUAUGAUUGAUCGCGCGCUGUUCGUUUUCUUCACCUUUCCUGGAAUUUUGAAAGGAAAAAAUUCGAGGAGGUGUAAUAAACAUCUAAUGACGGGCGCAUGAAAUAUUCAAACAACUACCCCACAAAACAGGGAGAGAUGGGGCACAGGCUAAAGUUCCUCUAUUAACAAUCAUAUUCCUUAUAUUACCGUGCAGGAGGUGGACAUCUUAAUUAAAGCAAUCAAGGUGUAAAAUUCAUGAGUAGACGAUUUGUGCCAUUUAAACCCCCUAGUUCAGCUUGAUAUCUGUAGAAUGGCUUCGAAAGUGAAAAAGAAAUCGAAACAUCAGAAAAAUCAAACUUCCCCUCUACAAAGUAUUGGUUUACACGACGCCAAAGAUCGGAAUAUAACCUUCCAAUGUAUUCUGUGUGAUCAAUCUUUACGCAGGCCGAGGGAGUUACCUUGUUAUCAUUCUGUGUGUGAAACGUGCCUCCAUGAACAUAUCAUUUCUUCUACAAAACGUAAAGACCAACCAGACUCUUUUCCUUGCCCCGUCUGUUCUACAACAAUUUUCCCACCCAGUUCCGAAAAACAAAUUCAAAAUUGGGCUGCUAUUUUCCCGUUGAAUAAGCUUAUGAUGUUCAUUUCGGAUGACGCGUCAUUUGACACAUCGAAAGGUUGCGACUCUUGCAAAAGAACUUUCGAAAACAGCAUAGCUAAACACUGGUGUGAUGAUUGUCAAGAACGUUUUUGUGAUAAUUGCCUCUCUUUUCAUAGCAGAAUGAAAGUAUGUGAAGAUCAUAUGAUCGUGGAAUUGCCUUUAGGAAAAGACGCUCGAGACCGAAGACAGUUUGAAAUGACCGAAUAUUGUUCCCUACAUUGUGGUAAAACCCUUGAAUUGUUUUGUAGUGACCACUCAUCUCUAUGUUGUGUAGUAUGUCUUACUACAAAACACCAGAACUGUCGAAAUAUUCACACAGUCGAGGAAUCGGCCGAUAUCUUUGCUGAAAAGGGAAAGGAAAUGUUGAUACGUAAAACACUUUCUGAAUUGAAACAUCAUAUCGAGUCCGUGCAUCAAAUGAAAACCAGAAAUAUAGAUCAAUUAGACAGAGACUAUUCCAGAAUUCUUCACAAGGGGCUUGGCGUUAUCGUCGAGGUCAAAAAUAAAUUAGACAAGUUGUACCGGGAAUUCAAAAUAUCUCUCUUAAAAGUUCAUGAGUUUCAGAAGAACAGUUUAGAGUUAGAAAAGGAUGCAGUAUUCAAAUUUCAGAAAAGUAUUACCCAAACCUCUAAAAUGUACGACAUGUUAAGGAGCAAAGUUUCAACAAAACAACUAUUUUUGUCAUCAGAAAAAAUAAAAAUACAGAUUGCGAACCAUCAUAUGAUGAUUUCCACUCAAAUGUGUGAAGAAGGCAUUUACCGAAUCAGAUUUCAAGAAAACGAAAAUUUUGCAGAAAUACUAAACAAACUUCCAUGUAUUGGUGAUGUCUUCAUUUCUAAAAUGCCUUCCACAGUUGGCCAUCACUAUGCCAUCACUGAAAACAUUCGCAGUUUACGACAAGUAUCCGACAAUUCCGCCACCAAGUAUCGGAACAACACAGCAGGAUUCCUGAAGAAGACGGAGCCUUCCAAACCACCGAAGAAAGUGGAGAACCUUUUGAGUGCUGAAGCUGUUAGAUCAAAAGUGAUAAAUGGAAAAACAGCAACAGAUUAUCAAGAUUGUUGGUUUCGUGGUGGCCUGUUUUUAGAAAACGACAAAAUUCUUCUUGCCGAUUUUUAUAACAAGAAAAUCAAAGGGUUUGAUGGAAAUGGAAUAUGUGUAAUGGAAUCGGGUUUACCUUAUGCCCCAAGGACUAUAUGCUUUGGAAAAACGCAUGCUGAAAUAUUGAUAUCAUCAGAUAAGUCUGUGAUUUCAUAUAAACUUACGGAAACGUCAAUUUCAGCAUCAAAAAAUAUCCUUAAAAGAUCUGGAGGUAUCCAUGGUGUCUGUAUGAUUGAGGACUAUAUUAUCCUAACAGUGCAGAAUAAGGUAGAAAUUUUAAAGGCCGAUGGAACAAAAAUAAAAGAAAUACUGAAGAGCAGGAGUAGUUCAGCUUUUUUGGCUAAUGGUAUGCUAAAAAAUUUCAUUUACUCUGAUUCCAAUGCAAUAAUAUCAUGCACUCUUAGUGGCGAAAAAAUAUUUGAAUUUCGUGACAACGAUUUACGAGAUCCAAAUGGUAUAGCCGUAGAUAGCGAAGGGAAUAUUUACGUGUGCUGUGGAGGAAAACAUUGUGUUUAUCAAUUGGAAAAGGAAGGGAUGACUGGCCGAAUAUUCCUAAGAGGUUUCAAAUACCCCCACGCUCUAGGUUUUAACGCCAAAUUAGACCAGUUUUUCGUUACCACGAGUCUGGGUGGUUGUCAAGGAAACAAAGUAGAAAUCUUUGAAUUUUCCAAUGACUAAAUCGUGUAUACUAUUAUUACAUUGUAAAAUGAUAUCAAACUGCAUGAUAUGAACAGGACAAGUUGUGUGUAUGUUGGGAUAUUGAUGUCAUAUAAAACUAGGGAAAUAUGUAUCGGAUUACCUGCAUGCAGGCAAUAAUUGAGACAAUUACUAUUGUUACUUCGACACUAAUUAUCCCCUCGCGCAAGUAGUUUCGAAGGGGGUAUAGCAUCGGAAAUGUGCGUGUGUGUCCGCACCAGCUAGUGGGCAAAAUUUAAAGAGAACCCUUGUACUAAAGAUUAUCAAACUUGGCAUACUUCUGUGACAUUGUACGAGGACGAACCCUAUUCAUUUUCAAGUAAAUUGGUGAAAUGUGUUUAUAAUAUCUCGGCAUUAUCACAUUUAAACACUGGAAUUUUAUGUACGCGUUAACAAUACAGACUUCCGAAUAAAAUGAAAGUAAAAUUAGAUAACUACCUUGUGUUAUGACUUCUGGUAUAUUGAAAUACUCUCCACACAAGCCCUUGACGAAUGUAGCGAUUUAAAUUUUCGGGCUCAAGCUUUACAAUGAAAUAAAACAAUCCAAACAUACUACAACUGAUAUCUAUACAGAUGGUUUAUAACACAGGGGCUAAGCCCGUUUUGGGCCCGAACUCUGUGAUACCAUAAAUAUAGAAAGGGGUCUAACUCUGACACAGAUAAAAAACUAA